GCUGCGGGGCUCGCUGACGCAACGUCCACCAUUUUGCAGCUUGUGCUCGGUACGGACGAAGGACGUUGUGUGGAGUGCCGAUUAAUUGUGAUUUUGAGUGGUUUUCAGAGGAAAACGAGUCGAUAAACUAUUGGACACUGUUCGCCUGCGCUCAGGCAACAAACUAGUGUAAGUUUCUUGCUGUUACUUGUGUUUUUUGUCAAAAUGGCCCGGUUUGCGAGUGGUGCAAGCGGUAGGCUGGGCAAACGUACACGCAACGCAAGUGAAACGGCUUCGCUCAGCUCUUGGGGAAGCGAAAUCAAUGUACUUUCUGAUGUGGAGGAAGAUAACUUCGAAGUGCAGAAGAAGCGACGCUUCCUAGAUAGUGGUGUCAGUAUGGAUGCAGAAUUGUCGGGAAGGGCCUUUACAUCCUCCGACGAAGAAUCUCAGCAACAGCCCAACUCAAGCGCCACUCGUGGAAAACGACCAAAGUGCUUCUCGCGCAACGCUGUUCUCGCCAGACAGAACCGUCUGAAGAAGAAGAAGUACAUGGCGGAUUUGGAGAACGAACUCCAAGCAUUGCGCAGAGAAAAUAGCAAGCUCAAGCUGUCAUUGGAUGGUUACAGCAAAGAUGUCCAGCUUGUCCGAAAAGAGAACAAAUACCUUCGCAAUGUGCUAGCCAACAGUAAGGAGAUCUCACAUUUGCUGCGCUCAAUUAAUGUUAAUUGUGGCUCUCCCUCUGUGUCUUCUGUUAACACAACUGCAGCAUCUAAGAAAUCAACAGCUCUAAAAGACACUCGUUCCAAUGUAAUUGUUGAAAGUGCAGUUCCCACGAUGAACAUUCAUUUGGAUUCUCUUGUGCCAUCCACAGAUUCUUCUCUAAUUGAUUUUCAUCCCGCAAGAACAGUGAGAAGAGAUUUCCCUAUUGCUGUAGAUGAUGUACCCUUGUCUCUUUCUGCUCCAGAGGAUGAAGAUACUGACGACCUUGACAUUCUCUUUGGCGCCUUUACUGUGCUCUUUGGAAGGCUUGCAGUUCUACCUUCCGAUUGCAGAGGCUAUUGCUAAGCGGAUGCCAAGGGCUGGGAGUCAGGAGCCCGGAUUGAAAAACGGUUGAGUAUACUUGUAUCGGGCCAAUCAUAACACUGCUAGUCAAAUCCCCAGAGAAGUGAUCAGAUUAUUUCUUUGAAAAAACUAAAGUAAUGGUUGUCAAAGUAAUUUUAUUUUUAAACAUUUUUUUCCUUAAUUGAAUUCUCUGGGGAUAAUUUAAUUACACAGGUUGUUUAGUUUCAUUUAACCCUCUUGAAAUUUGGAGAGGAUGAUAAUAUCAUUUGAACAACCUGGGUGAUUAAUUUCACAUCACUACAACACAAGUAUGGUCAUUUCAGAUUGGGUGAAUGUUUUUAAUGAACAAGUUAUGUUAUUUUUUCAGCACAUUUUCACAACUUCCUCAGGGCCUGCAGCUGCGAGAUUUAAAAAUUGGUUUAGUAUUGAUAGGAAAGCUGGACAUAUGUUUGAGAGGUUCAAUAGAUUUGGUAAGUGUGUUUGGUGCUAAAUACUGCCAGAAGCUAUAAGCCUUCCUCAGAUGAUAUCGAAAGGCAUGCCCAAGAGAGCUGUUUGAUUUCCCAAAAUGAAUGAAGUAAUGAAUGAGUGAGUACAGUCUUCUAUGACUUUACCCCUUAUAGGCAAGCUGUCACCAUCUAUUGAACUUCGCUCAAUUGGUAUGAACUUGUCUUCUGUGAAGGCGAGAUUUUGUAGGGCAUCUCAUAUGAACUUGCUCAGUUACAGCUGGACCUUGGCUGCUGCUGCCCCAGAAACAAGCAUUUUUUUUUAAGAAAUUCAUUAUGUAAUGGAUUGUAAAAUAUUUAUUUGUACAUACAUUUAUUGUUAAAUACAUUUUGUUAAGUAAA